UCCAUUGGUGGUGCAAAGCAAAGCGAGCAGCCAUGUUGCCGAGAGCUUGUUCCGGUAUGAGGGCAGCCUGUCGUGCUUAUUAGACUGCAUUUGGGCGCAGCUCUUCAGCUUCUUUGAGCUUCCAGGCUCAACCGAUCGAUCGAUCAUGGAUCCUACAAGUUGAUUGAUUUAAGACCAAAAAAAACAAAAAACUGACAGUGGUGACUAUUUGAGGGAAAUAUUAAGCCAAUGGUGGUAUCAUCAGGACGGGCCACACUGCAGUGCAGCACUGGUGAGCGAGCGUGUUGCUACCAAGAAGCCGGAGAAACGCCGCUUUUCCUGGAUUGUGUGCCUCGCUGUGUGGCAGCCGUCUACCGCCACCUCCAUAGCCGUCUCUGGCCGCUGGAGCUUAGGCUGGCUGGCUAACUCGCUCCCGCCUCGGAGGAAUCGGCUAUCUCCAUGGGCUAAAUCAAACUUUUUACUAUUUCUACAUCUUUCUAUUUGUUUGGAUAGUUGGACAUCUCACUGGGGGACAUUUUGAGCUGUUAUUUUGUGACUUGGUGAAACCGGAACAUUGUCGGGAAUAAUUUUGGCCUGGAAGUUUUUUUUUUUUUUUUUUUUAAGACUUGGAUUUAAAUCUCGAAGGAAUUAUACUUAAGUGUCAUUUUUAGUCACUAUUUGAUUUCAUUCUAAAUUGAAAGCCACCGUUUGAGUUAGCAUGCUAAUUGAACCGUGUCUCGUUCAAUACAUAGAUUAGCUUAACUUCCCCCCCCCCAGCUAGCUGAAGGAAGUUAGCUGCUUCAAACGUCACAGCUUCGUGGUCGCCCACGGACUCCCCCUAAAUAAUAACAGGGGGUCGAAAUUCUCGAAACCAGUUAUUUUCGGAGGACAUUUGGCUGUUUUUUUUGGCAAACAUGGGGCGCACAGUUGACGCUAGCUAGUCCCCUGCUAGCUAGCUAACUCGGCCAGCCGCUGAUGUUGGAUCCAACUUGUUGAUUCACAGGCUAGCUAACGUGUUGCUAGCAGGCUAGCACCGGGCAUCUUGUUGGUGAUUUUUCCUUUUACUCCAAACAUCACCAACAUACGCGAUUAAAUGAACAGAAGCCAGUGAAGAAUCGUUCUUGGAUUGCCUCUGCCUUUUUUUUUUUUUGCAAAACACAAAGUCAAAUGUCAACAAGGAUCCCACUGGUGCAAGUCAUUGAGAAUUCUGCAGGGCAGGACUCCAAGGUGUCUGGCCGUUCCAGCAUGUCGCGAUGUAGGAACUCCAUCUCGACCACUACAUCGGACGACCAGCCACAUAUUGGCAACUACCGGUUGCUGAAGACCAUCGGCAAGGGCAACUUCGCAAAGGUCAAACUGGCCCGGCACGUCCUCACUGGCAAAGAGGUGGCUGUUAAAAUUAUUGAUAAAACACAGCUCAACUCCUCCAGUUUGCAGAAGCUCUUCCGGGAGGUGAGGAUCAUGAAGAUGUUAAACCACCCCAACAUCGUUAAGCUCUUUGAGGUGAUCGAGACGGAAAAGACUUUGUACCUGGUGAUGGAGUAUGCAAGUGGAGGAGAGGUUUUUGAUUACUUGGUGGCUCAUGGCAGGAUGAAGGAGAAAGAAGCCCGUGCCAAAUUCAGACAGAUUGUGUCAGCAGUGCAGUAUUGCCAUCAGAAGUGUAUAGUACACAGAGACCUCAAGGCAGAGAACCUGCUGCUGGAUGCAGACAUGAACAUCAAGAUAGCAGACUUUGGCUUUAGCAACGAGUUUACUCUGGGGAACAAACUGGACACGUUCUGUGGCUCCCCACCCUACGCCGCUCCAGAGCUAUUCCAGGGCAAGAAGUAUGACGGCCCUGAGGUGGAUGUCUGGAGCUUGGGAGUCAUCCUUUACACACUCGUCAGCGGCUCUCUGCCUUUCGAUGGCCAGAAUCUCAAGGAGCUGAGAGAGCGUGUUCUGCGUGGCAAAUACAGGAUUCCUUUCUACAUGUCCACUGACUGUGAGAACUUGCUCAAGAAGUUCCUCAUCCUGAACCCCUCCAAAAGAGGCAGCCUAGAGCAGCAGAUAAUGAGGGACCGGUGGAUGAAUGUAGGCUACGAAGAGGAGGAACUCAAACCCUACAUUGAACCGCAGCCAGAUUAUAAGGACCCUAGGAGGACAGAUAUUAUGAUACAGAUGGGAUUCUCUCAGGAGGAACUCCAGGACUCACUGGUGAAUCAGAAGUACAAUGAUGUGAUGGCAACAUACCUGCUAUUGGACUAUAGGAACUCUGAGCUGGAAGAGAGUGGUAUCAAGCCCCGACCUGGAAGUGAUGUAAGCAACAUAAAUGCCCCCUCCCCGCCUCACAAGGUACAGCGCAGUGUAUCAUCUAACCAGAAGCCUCAAAACCGCAGAGCUACUGACCAAGGCUCCUCUUACUCAAAGAGAGGAGACAACCGGACUUCUGGGGAAGAUUCUGGGAGGAAAGGUUCAUCGGGCAGCUCAACUACCAAGGUGCCAGCAAGCCCUUUGGUCUCCUCUGACCGCAAGAAGAGCGCCACGCCCUCUACUAAUAGCAUCUUGUCCACCGGCACUGGGCGCAGUCGGAACUCUCCUCUGACUGAGAGAGCCACGCUGGGCAUCCAGAACGGCAAAGACAGCCUAAACACUCCGGGUUCCCGUGCCUCCACUGCCUCAGCCGCCGCCGUCCUCUCCUCCUCCUCCUCCUCCUCCUCACGUCCCCGCCACCACAAGUCCUUGUCCUCCUCCAAUCAUCCAUGCGCCACUGACCUGCAUGCACAACGGCCCAGCAAUGAGCUUGGGCUGUUCAGAACCUGGUUGGGAACGCCGGAGAGAAGUGCGCAAUCUCAGCGGGCACCUGGCGCCUCCCCGUCGGCCCACAACAUCAGCAGCGCGGCGGUGACGGACCGCACCAACUUCUCCCGCGGGGUGGGCAUUCGCAGCACGUUCCAUGCAGGCCAGCAGCGGGGGGCCCGGGACCAACAGGGCUCUGCCUACCCUGGCGGGCCCGCGUCUCCAUCGCUGUCACAUGGCAACAGCCAGGCACGGAGGACACACGGCGCCACGGGGAUUUUCAGCAAGUUCACGUCAAAGUUUGUACGCAGAAAUCUGUCGUUCAGGUUUCCAAGAAGGAGCCCGUAUGAGGGAGAGGGUCGGGAUGAGGGGAGCAGGUCCAUGCUGAGCAGCACGGUCGACAAGUCAGAGAAGACGUCUGGUGGCGUUCUUACCUCCUCUUCCAACAAUGAUGAGAAUAACUCCUCACCAGGAUCUGGGAACACUGGCGGCACAGGCACCCCCCCAGCCAUUGCCAACCAGAAGGACUCGGCCAAGCCCCGCUCGCUGCGCUUCACCUGGUCCAUGAAGACCACGUCGUCCAUGGAGCCCACGGAGAUGAUGCGCGAGAUCCGCAAGGUGCUGGAUUCCAACAGCUGCGAGUACGAGCUGCGCGAGCGCUACAUGCUGCUGUGCGUGUCAGGUAACCCGGCCCGCGAUGACUUCGUCCAGUGGGAGAUGGAGGUGUGCAAGCUGCCGCGGCUCUCCCUCAACGGCGUGCGCUUCAAGCGGAUCUCGGGCACGUCCAUCGCCUUCAAGAACAUUGCGUCAAAGAUUGCCAACGAGCUCAAGCUGUGAGCAUCCCGUGGGGAGGGGGGACUAGGUGGGAGGGCUUUAGGGUCUGAGGGCGCGGCUGUGCUGGAGCUUGACAGCUUGGAAUGACAUGAUUGUCCCACAAUGCGUUGAAGUAGGGCCAUCCCUGAGCUUUUCUUUCUUGAUCUUUUCUUCCCAGACGGUUGGAACUCUUGAUGUGAAGUACUUACAAAUCGGCAUCUUCUUCUUUCCCUUAUUUGUUUUUUCCAAAUAUUUCCGCCACUUUCUGCUUUUCUCUGCAUGUCGGAUCUGCUCCUGUUCGAUCACCUCGGGCACUCCUGUCACUUCCUUGCUAUUUAUUCGCUGCACAGAUCGGUUCUAGGGAGGGAAGCGGUCUUGGAGAGCAAGGAUUGACUUCAUGAUGGAAUGUGGAGCCUUGUUUUCCGGAGUUGUUCCCAUUCUCCAAAACUGAUCCAUGGACUCGCAACCGAGCCAUGCCCUCAGACAAAAAUGGCUUUGUUGAUCUUGAUGAUAGAAAGGAUGCCUCAUUCAUCACCAGCCCUGAACUGAACCGUGUUCCUCACACACACACACACACACACACACACACACACACACACACACACACACACACACACACACACACACACACACACACACACACACACACACACACACACCACCUCCAGCACAGUCACCUCCAUCCUUUCCCCCCUCCUCAUGACUCAGGUCAGACCAGGCCAGUUAGACUUGAUGUUGUCACUCAUCUUGCAGUAUAACACUUCUUUUAGAAGACGAAAAAAGUGUAUUUCCCUUCUUUUAAGGCUUUUAUAAAAAAACAAACAAAUGCACUGGAAAAGAGGGUCAAUGUCUAACCUCCCUACCGAACUGAUUCUGCCUCUCAUUCGUCUGGUCCCAAAGAGUGAACACACACGCUCGCACGCACACGCACGAGUGUGUAUUUAAAAAGUCAAAGAGAAAAAGAAAAAAAAAACAUCAAACGAAUGUUGAAUUACUCUCUUGCUUUUGAUUUGAUAAUAUAUUUUUAUGUUUUAAUAAUUUGGGAUUUGUAAAAUGUGUUAUUUUUCUGUGGAGUGGGCGGGAGGGGAUCAUAUCAUUGCUGCCUUUUGACACGUUUAUCAUCCACACAGUGUAUUGGGUUCCACACAAACCCCCAAGUUGAGGAUAUGUCAAUGUUAAUAUUGAUGGUGGUGGUGAUGACUGCUGCUUGUUCAUUUUAGGCCUUUUUUUUUGUCUGCUUUAUCACUCUUUUUUUUUUAACAUCUAUGUUUGUUUUUUUUAAACAGCCUCAUUAGUCCAUAAUGGCUCAGCACACUAAAACGUUUCCCCCCUUUUCACAUCGGAGCACAUGUUCAAAAAACGUAUUUUUUGUUUCUCACUUCUUGCCUCCAGCUUGUUGAAGCAGCAGAAAAAACACAGGUGUUGGAGAUGUGGAUUUAAUGAAGGGGGCAAGGCUACACAUUUUUCUUCUAAACAUGAUGACACUGUUUAUUUCCCUUAUGUAUUUUUUUCUUUAAAGGUUGAUCAUUGCAUUAAGGUGCUGGGUAUUGGAUUCUAAUGAUUAUUCUGGCUGUUGCUGUUAUAUUAUCUCUUUCAGGGUUUUUCUUUUGAUUUUAUCUCGCAUUUCUUUGUUGUUGUAUUUUUGUUUAACAUUGCUGUAAUUUACGUUGAUUUUAAAUGUUUUGAGCAAACUGUAACUGUAGUGGUGGGUUUUUGGGGCCGGGUUGGGUUUUGAAGCUCCUGAAAAUGUAUUAUUAUUUUUUUUUUUUGUGCAAAGUCUAAAUGAUGAAAAAUUACAAUGAUAGUAAUAAAACAAUGAUAUAAUGAUA